AUGGAUCGGAUUGAGCCUGUGGAGGACGCGAAUGCCCGAGGAGAUGCCCCAGCGCAAACAUCGUCCAGGGAGCCAUCCCCAGAGGCCUCGUUUUCACGACCACCACUGGCUCCGUCGCGUCCACGGGCUCUUUCCAACCGUACGCGCCGUCCCAGCAUCCGGCUGUCGCGCCUCCCGUCCAUCUCCUCAUUGGACACCGUCAACACCCAGCACCCCCAACAGUCGCAACCUGAGACCCAACCAGGCCCUUCCCUUACCCGCCAGGUAUCAAUUAGAUCGCCCGUGAAGGAGGAAGAUGAAUCAUGGCAGACUGGUCGACGACGCAGCAAUUCCGAGCCUCGUCCAGGGCGAUGGUCCUCGCCGGACGUUCUCUCCCGGGUGGCAACUCCCUUACACAUGAUGCCUCUCUCUGAAGAAUCUCCCCAACCCACCCCACCGGUACCCUCGUUAUCAGCAUUGGAGGCGGAGCCAACUCCUCUUGCGGAGCUGGAGCAACCUCCGACUGUUGUGACACGCCCGGCUUCCCGGAAUGUGUUGCGACGAACGAGCCAAGCUGCCCUCAACCGAUUUUCUCGCAAUCGGGCGUCGACUGUCACAGGUGUGCCACCAACGCUCUCGGCACAGCAGGAACAGCAACGAGCGAAUGAGUAUGGCCCUCAUGUGGUCGACGUGCUGGACGUGAUCGAUCCCGAGGUGUCUGCUCUCUCAACCCUCACCAAUGUGCAGAACUCCCUGUUCAUUCCUAAUUUGGGUGGGUUCAUCAACCGUAUGCCCACCUACACCCUCACGCGAGCUCCUCCUUCGGAUGAAGAACAAGGAACUACCAGCGAUGAAGGGGAGGUCUCGGAAGAUUCUAAGCUCAAGGAGCGGCCGGCCCUGGAACACUUGCGCCCCUUUUCUAGCAUGUCGUCCGUGCUUGCGGAGCCGCGGUAUGCCGUCCUUCCCGAAGGACAUGAGUUGGAAAGCUGGACCCGUGAAGACUUUAUUGAACUGAAUGACCACGUCCGCCACAUGCUUCACUCUCGUCGAUCCAAGUUCAAACGAGCAAUGCGAGGCUUCGGACAAUAUGUGCGGAAGCCCCUGGGGUUUCUCGUCACCCUCUAUGCGACCCUCAUCACGCUGUUUGGUCUCGCAUGGGUCCUUUUCUUGAUCGGCUGGAUUAAUGUUGGCGGCCGACAACUAUAUGUCAUCAAUGUCAUCGAUAAUGUCCUAGUGGCCUUGUUCGCCAUCAUGGGUGACGGAUUAGCUCCCUUCCGAGCUGUGGAUACCUACCAUAUGAUCUAUAUCGCACACUAUACAUUCCUGACCUGGAAGAUCCGUCGCAAGCGAAAACUUCCAGACCUCAAGGAUAAGAAUGACCUUCCUGUUCAGGGGGAAAAGGACGCGGAUGUCGACUUCGGUGACACUCCCAAAGAAGACGAACAUGAAUACUCGGUCCUUGACGCACGUCAGCAGCUGCGGUUGAUGCACCACCAGACCAAGUUCGCCAAGUCUCACACGUUCUAUAAACCCCACGAAACCAUGACCCAUCAUGCGUUCCCACUUCGCAUCUUGGUGGCCAUUGUUGUCUUACUGGACUGUCACUCCCUGCUGCAGAUGGCUCUGGGUGCCUGUACCUGGAGUAUGGAAACCCCCGGACAGCGGCCCUUCGCUCUGACUACUGUCAUCCUGUGCUGUUCAAUUACUUGCAACAUCUCUGGUGGCGUUCUCAUCAUGAUUGGUGACCGACGGACACGUAAGAAGGAGAUCGUGGAACGCCUGUUCCGACAGCAGUUAACUGAAGAAGCGAUGAAGAAGAUGGAGAAGCGAAAGGUCAAGGAGGAAGAGCGUCGCAGCAUGCAAGUCGAUCGUCAGGAGCCCUACAAUGGCACGUAA